GGGGGAGGAAGAAAAAUGGACUCACUAUAACAAAUAAAAAUGAAGGGAGAAAAAAAAGAGAGAAAAGUGGUAAAACCCUAUAGCUAAUUGAGAUUUUUAUACUAAUAUUAUUUCUGAAUAAGAUUUUAUAGUAUCAGAGCACAAAGUGCAUAGUUAAUGACUACGUUGCAGAGGCGAAGUUAUGCAGAUUUCUGAUAAUUUUGGCAUAUGUUGCAUUUAAAGAAUUUGUAAGGGGAACUAUGAGGGAAUGAGAUUUGUUACAUUAUGUGGAAACUUCUGUGGAAAAUGGAGUUUGAAUCUGGAAAAAUGAAUGAGGGUGUUGAGAAGAAAAAGGAGAAAUGAGUUGAAGAAAAUUAGUUGCCGGAAAUGUCUGGAAAUUCAUUUUUUCAGUGAAAAUUCCACAUUUUCUGGCAAUACGCGCUCAAUUAAGGUGGGGAAUCGUGACAAAAUUAUACUACGUAAAUAGGGCAAAAACAGUUUUUUUCGUGCAUAAGGUAAUGUAAUCCAAAAAUUGCUUUAGGUUGCAGGUUUGAAUUGUUUGAAUUCCCUAUUUAAAAUUCCUGGCUCAACCAUAGCAAAGUCAUGUCUAAUAGGCACAUUUUGCACAAAUGUUCGCUGGCCUAUAAGUCAUGACCUCAGUCGAGGUGUAAAUGAAAUUUUUUGGUAUGCUUGGGGAUUGUCUAUGACUUCUGCCUUUAGAGAUCCACUGGUCUUAUGCUUUAUGCUUGGAGGUUAGGUCCCGUCUCCUAUUAAGUUAAACGUUGUCUUCGCGCUCGUGUGUUUUGGGAUUGUCUAUGAAUUCUCCCCUUAGAGAUCUAUUGGGCUUCUACUCCAUGCUUGGAGCUAAGGUCUCGUAUCCUAUUAAGUAAAACAUCUUUCCUCGCGCUCAUGUCUUUUAAAACAAUGGUUGGAAGCAAGGCCCUGAGCAUUUACGUUUCUGGAGAUCCCUGCUUUCUUCCUUGGUUAAACAAAUUCCUGAGACGUUCUUGUCAACUGAUCAUUACUUCCAUUCAUUCAUCAGUCCGCUUAUCGAAGAAACACAUGCUGAUUUGCUCUCAGGCGUGAGAGCUGCCUGGCAAUCUCCUGCACUUGAGGUUAUUGAUGUCAAAUCAUCAGCAGAUUUUAAGCCUCCUAGGGCUUUAUACUACAACAUUUGGUUAAAUAGAGCUAGCGAGGGAGAAAGAGUUAGAAAAACAUAUGAACCAGGGGUUGGAGAUCUGAUUGCACUAUCAGAUGUGAGGCCGAAAAGCAUUGAUGAUUUCAACAGACCAAAGAGAUCAUUUCUCAUUGCAUUAGUACAAGGAAAAGAUGUAGGUUCAGACAGGCUAUCUAUCCUGUCUUCGAAGACUAUCCCAUUUAAAAAACCAGACAGGGAAAAGGGUGAACGAGGAGACAGACUCUUCAUUGUUUACCUUUCUAAUCUUACAACGAAUAUUCGAAUAUGGAAAGCUUUGAAUUCAGACAUGGAAAGUGCCAACUUGAACAUAAUUAGGACUGUGCUGAAAGUUGAUCCAAGUGUUGAUGAAGAGAAGUGUGUUCUUUGCUCCUUCAGUGAAACGAAAGCUAGUGCCAUAUCAAAUCACAGGACUACCAUUGAGUCAUUUGGGCUAGAUUAUGCUCAACAAGAGGCUGUUAUAAGUUGUAUUGCUACAAGAGAAUGUGGCCACCGGAAUGCUAUUAAUCUAGUUUGGGGUCCUCCAGGAACUGGCAAAACAAAAACAGUUGCUUCCUUACUUUAUCUCCUGUUUAAAAUGAAAUGCAGAACUUUGACUUGUGCUCCCACAAACAUUGCUGUCUUCGGAAUUAUAAAGAGGGUGAUGCAACUACUACAGGAUGGUCUGGAAUAUGAAACAUACGGAUUAGGAGAUAUAGUUCUAUUUGGUAAUGGGAAAAGAAUGGGCAUUGAUGAUCAUGAAGACCUGUUCGAUGUAUUUCUUGAUAACCGUGUUGCGGCUCUUGGGAGCUCUCUGUCUCCUGAUCAUGGGUGGAAAAAUCAUAUACUGUCCAUGGUAUCUUUUCUUGAAGAUCCUGAAGAGCAAUACCGUGAAUACUUGGGAAAAGAAAAAGAAUAUAAGGAACAUAACACGGAUGAUGUUGAGGUGGAAGAGAAAGCAAGGAUUACAAGUAUAAAUGAUCAAGGACUAGAUAAGAAUAGGAAGAGUAAGCUGCGGAAAACAUUCGUCCAUCAGACCUUAAAAGAUAACGAGAAGAUAUCAAACGAUGAAAAAAAUUCGCAAAUGAGAUCAGUUGGCAAUGCGAACAAGGUCAAUUCUGCUGUGAGCAUUCAGAAUGAAGGGGAGGCAAGAAACAAACAAGACGGUAGUUGGACAUUUGAGGAGUUUGUUAUCAAUAAAUUCAAAAGGAUCCAGGAGCAGUUGACAUUUUGUCUAACAAGCUUGUACACUUAUCUUCCUACUUCUUUCCUUCCACUAGAAGUAGUUAAAGAUAUGAUCAGAGUUCUUGAGAUGCUUCAAACUCUUGGAACACUGUUCCGCACUGUGGCAACAUUCAAAAGGUCAAAAGAAAUUCUGUAUGGAGUUGAAAUUGUUACAAGGAAUAAUGGGAGACAUUUUCGGAAUAUGUAUGCAACUAAAACAGAAAGCAUCAAAAUAUUGAAAUCUCUUAGCGAGAGAAUCUCUCUUCCUAAUAUCACUGAUAUUCGAAGUUUUUGUCUGAAAGGUGCAUGUUUGAUUUUCUGCACUGCUUCUAGCUCCUCAAAAUUGUACACAGAAGGAAUGAUCCCUCUGGAGAUGGUGGUAAUUGAUGAAGCUGCUCAGUUGAAAGAAUGUGAAUCCAUUAUUCCCCUACAGCUCCCUGGUAUCCGUCAUGCCAUACUUAUUGGGGAUGAGAAACAAUUGCCUGCAAUGGUUCAGAGCAAGAUCUCUGAGAAGGCUGACUUUGGAAGGAGCUUAUUUGAGAGGCUGGUAAUAAUAGGGCACAAGAAGCACCUUCUUAAUGUUCAAUAUAGGAUGCAUCCUGCAAUUAGUUUGUUUCCAAAUAGAGAGUUCUAUGAAAACAAAAUUAUGGAUGGUCCGAAUGUGAAAGAAGCAAUGUAUGAGAAGAGAUUUCUUAAAGGAAACAUUUUCGGUUCCUAUUCAUUUAUUAACAUAAGCAGUGGAAAAGAGGAGUAUGAUAACAAACACAGCACAAGAAAUAUGGCAGAAGUUUAUGUCAUUGCUGAGAUCGUUGCCAACCUUUAUAAAGAAUCUGUUGCUUCAAGGCAAAAGGUUUCUGUUGGUUGUAUAUCUCCCUACAAGGCUCAAGUUUUUGCAAUUCAGCAAAAACUUGGACAGAAAUAUAGCACAGAUGUCAAUAGCUACUUCUCAGUGAAUGUACGAUCUGUUGAUGGUUUUCAAGGCUGUGAAGAAGAUGUGGUUAUUAUCUCCACUGUUCGUGGUAAUGGGAGUGGAUUAGUGGGAUUCCUUUCUAGUCGUCAGAGAGCAAAUGUAGCACUGACUCGAGCAAGGUUCUGCCUUUGGAUAUUAGGGAAUGCCACAACAUUGGUUAACAGUGGUUCCAUUUGGAAGCAAUUAGUCAUUGACUCCAAGGCUCGUGGUUGUUUCUUUGAUGUUCAUGAAGACAAGAGUUUGACUCAAGCGAUCUUGAGCGCUACCAUUGAAGUUGGCCAGAUUGAAACUUUACUCAGCAUGGACUCCCCUCUAUUCGAAACAGCCAAGUGGAAGGUUCUCUUUAGUGAGGAUUUCUCAAAAUCCUUGGCUCGAAUUAAAGAUGCCAUGAUCCGUGAAGAAGUGAUUUCCCUUUUGGUGAAGCUUUCAAGUGGUUGGCGCAUGUCAGGAAAGCACAACAUUUUCUACAAUAAUGGGGGGAAUUCAUCUGAACUAUUGGAGAUCUACAGUGUCAAGUACCUAAAGCUGAUUUGGACCGUAGAUAUUCUGCUAGAGAACUCCACAUACUAUCAAGUGUUAAAAAUCUGGGACAUCAUACCAGGUUAUCAGAUACCAAAACUGGCAAAGGACAUUGACAUCCUUUUUGAUGUUUAUACAGUGAAUAUGAUGAACCGCUGCAAAUGCAAGCGUGUUGAGCGAAAUUUAACACUUCCAAUGACUUGGUUAAUUGAUGGAAGUGAUGAUUCAAUUGACAAGAACUUGGCACGUCAACUGGCUCCUAUGAGUUUCAGAAAAAUGCAAGAGUUUAAGUCACAAGUUGUCUCAGAUAGCAAUAAUGUUAAGUUAAAAGAGGAAAUUGAAGAUUCUUACCAGAUGAAGAUUCGAUGUCCAUGUGGAAGCUCAUUACAAACUGAAACAAUGAUUCAGUGUGAAGAUAAAAGAUGCCGCACAUGGCAACAUGUGAGUUGUGUCAUCAUUCCAGAAAAGCCCAUUGAGGGGGGUGCUCCGCCAAAUCCUCCUGAGACUUUUUACUGCGAAUUAUGCAGAUUGAGUCGUGCGGACCCGUUCUGGGAGAUGAUUGAAAACCCUUUAUAUCCUGUGAAGUUGGCUUUUACUGGUGUUCCUGCAGAUGGCAGAAACAUUGAACAGAGGAUUGAGAAAACUUUUCAACUCACUACAGCGGCGAAACAGGAUUAUGAUCUUCAGGCUUGGUGCAUGCUUCUCAAUGACAAGGUACAAUUUAGGAUGCAGUGGCCACAGCAUGCUGAUUUGCAGGUCAACGGAAUUCCAGUGCAUUGCAUAGAUAGAACUGGCUCACAAUUGUUGGGUGCAAAUGGUCGAGAUUAUGGUGCAAUAAUCACACAGUGCUCCAGAGAUGGAAUAAACAAAAUUUUAUUAGGAGGACUUGAUGCCCGUGUCUUUUGCUUAGGGGUUAGACUUGUAAAGCGACGUACUUUCCAACAGAUUCUAAACAUGAUCCCUAAGGAGCCUGAUGGUGAGAUAUUUGAAGAUGCUCUUGCUCGCGUUCGCCGUUGUGUUGGUGGUCGAACAGCCACUGAAAAUGCUGACAGCGACCCUGACCUUGAAGCAGUGGUUACUGAUUUUGUUCCUGUCAAUCUUCGAUGCCCUCUGAGUGGUUCGAGAAUUAAAGUUGCCGGACGAUUCAAACCUUGUGUCCAUAUGGGUUGCUUUGAUCUUGAAGUCUUUCUUGAAAUGAAUCAAAGGUCGAGGAAGUGGCAAUGCCCCAUCUGUCUCAAGAACUACUCUCUGGAGGAUGUCGUUAUAGAUCCAUAUUUCAAUCGGAUCACUUCUCAGCUGCUAACGUGUGGAGAAAAAGUGGCAGAAGUUGAAAUAAAACCUGAUGGUUCUUGGGGGACAAAGGCAGAUGGGGAUGUGGGACAUUGGUACUUACCUGAUGGCAGUCUCAUUGAAUCUCUGGAUAUAUAGAGUCAAUAACCCAAGCCUAGAAUUAAUUCUAUAAAAUACAUAUGAAACAUUAUGUUACCAAAGAACAUUUACAGAUCAUUGGUUAAAAAGUGAGAUAGUAAGUGUUUAUAUCCUAGAACUUAGUGGAUAUUUUUAUUGGAUCAAAAUUUUAAUUCAAUAGAUUUGUAUGUCGCUAUUUAUUUA